AUGCCUGUGGUUAAGGUGGAGAAGGAGUCUCCGUCCGCGACGACCGUUCAGGCGCCGGAGACGAACAUGGCAGACCCGCCGCGAGGCCGUCGUAGGAAGAGACCGCUGCAGAGGGGCAAACCCCCAUACAGCUACAUCGCCCUCAUCUCCAUGGCGAUCGCCAGCUCCCCCGAGCGCAAACUCACCCUGGGCGGCAUUUACAAGUUCAUCACGGAGCGAUUCCCUUUCUACAGGGACAACUCCAAGAAGUGGCAGAACUCCAUCCGCCACAACCUCACCCUGAACGAUUGCUUCGUCAAGAUCCCGAGAGAACCUGGCCGACCUGGGAAGGGCAACUACUGGGCCCUGGACCCCAACGCCGAGGACAUGUUCGAGAGCGGUAGUUUCCUGAGACGUCGCAAGCGCUUCAAGCGCUGCGACUACAGCACCUACUCGUCCUACGUCCAAGACGCGUCCGUCUUCUCGCCGGUCCAGAUCGCCUGCCCUGCCUACGCGGGCCCCGUGUACCCUGGCGUGACGGUGAGCCCGUCGUAUGGGCCACAGCUGUCCUCGCCUUACUGUCCCUCGUCUUCGGCCGGCUUUGGUUCUGCCCAGUCCCGCGUCUUCAGCAUCAACACCCUGAUCGGGCCCCACGGCAGUCUGGGUCCGAGCGCGGAGUUGGCAGGGCCACAGAGCUGCCGCAGUUUCAGUCCUGAGGGAGGCUCCUGCAGGCAGGGGGUGUCGGGGCUCCAGGCACAGCCCUGCGGCAGCCCCACGGUGCUCUCCCGACGCUCCGGAUCCUUGGGCCACGCGGCUUUCGCCUAUCCCAGCCCUGGGACCCACGCGUAUGGCCAAGCCCAGGGAGGAUACCCACAGGGCGGCGGUGCUCAGGGCUACGGCCCCACGGGCCGGCUCGGGGUCGCCAGCUCACCCCCAAUGGCUGGAGAAGCAUUGGGGGACCCGUACGGAAGGGUCUCCCCAGGACAGCUAGGCUCUUUUGCCCAGUACAAUAACAGCUGCCCGACAGGUGCCUCCACAGGAUACCUCAUACACCCCUCUUACUCGUCUGGUAUGGACAGGUUUGUGUCUGCCAUUUGA